AUGAAAAUGUGUUUAAAAACAACAUUUACGAUUAUAACCAGUAUAUGGACUCUCAGUACAUCAAAAUUUGAUGCGUCGCAAAUUGCUCUACAAAACAACAUAUAUGGUAUCCUGAUUCCAGAUGCUUUACCAAAUCUGGCAAGGUUCUUUAUGUUAAUUAUUGUUUCAUCUUUAUCAAAGACCAUACAAAAUCAUAAGAUUUAUAAACUUUUUUUAGAAAUUAAUUUCUAUACUAUUGAUUUAAAUACAAAAUUAAUCGAAGCUCUUCGUAUAUUUCAAUCUGGACGUAUGUCAGCAUUGCCAGUUGUUGAUAGUGAAAAAAGACUACGUGAUAUUUAUUCAAAAUUUGAUAUAAUGCAUUUAGCAGCAACACGUACUUAUGCUAAUCUUGAUGUACCAUUAUGUGAUAUACUCGAUUCGAUACAUGAUCAUAGUACUCAUCAAUUAAUAACAUGUCAAAUGACAGAUCAUUUAUUUAAAUUAAUGGAUAAAUUCGUUACUCGGGAGGUACAUCGUUUGAUUAUAGUUGAUGACGAUCAACAUAUUAUUGGUAUUCUUUCCAUAUCCGAUCUCAUGAGAUUUUUUGUAGCAACAUUUGAAAAGAUCAGUCGUACUAAUUCGAAUACAUCAAAUGGCACUUCAAAUGGACCUGUUUUUGAAUGUGAAUCUAUGGAUACUUGA